GUGCACUACCAGGCAGGGGAAAAGCAGGGAAAAGCGACUUCCUUCUACAUACGAUGAGGUGGAGGCUGCCACUGCCAAGCAGGAGAGCAGGGAAAGCGACUUCCACAAGGAAAGCGGUGGGCUUAGGGCGACAGUCGGAGGGGCGUGAGUGUAAUUGGCACGUUGGCGGAAAAAAAUGUGGGAUUGGGACUCUCAAAUCGUAUGUGGAAGUGUUGAAUUUGGGCAAAAUGUGAGGAUGAGCCUCUUAAAAUGGGGUGGGAGUGAAUUUUGCCAGUUCCGAUUAGAGGCUACCUUGGUGUGCUGAGUUUUUCCAAGUACAGAUUAGAGGCUACCUUGGCUCGGUGAGUCUUGCCAGCGCCUUUGGCUUUCUACCCAUGGGUUUUGGCAGUGCCUUUGGGUUUCUACCGAUGGGAAAUAAGCAAUCCUCUGUGCUUUCUACCAAAACUGGAUAUGUUAAUCACCGAAGAGCAGAUAUGAUGAGAAACAAUCAAGUCUCUCUGCAUUAUUCACGGCUUUCCACCAAGACUGCAUAUGACGCAUUUCUUAACCAUGGAGGAGCAGAUGGGCGGGGAAUCACUCCAUCCUUUAUGCGUUCUUCAGGGCUUCUCACCAAGACUGGCGCAUUCCUUAACCAUGGAGGAGCAGAUGGGCUGGGAAUCACUCCAUCCUUCAUGCGUUCUUCAGGGCUUCUCACCAAGACUGGCGCAUUCCUUAACCAUGGAGGAGCAGAUGGGCUGGGAAUCACUCCAUCCUUCAUGCGUUCUUCAGGGCUUCUCACCAAGACUGGCGCAUUCCUUAACCAUGGAGGAGCAGAUGGGCUGGGAAUCACUCCAUCCUUCAUGCGUUCUUCAGGGCUUCUCACCAAGACUGGCGCAUUCCUUAACCAUGGUGGAGCAGAUGGGCUGGGAAUCACUCCAUCCUUCAUGCGUUCUUCAGGGCUUCUCACCAAGACUGGCGUAUUUCUUAGCCACGGAGGAGCAGAUAUGAUGGGAAUCAAUCAAUCCUCGGUGCAUUAUUCAUGGCUUUCCACUACAACUGGAUAUGAUGUAUUUCUUAACCACAGAGGACCAGAUGUCAAGGAAAGCAUAGGCAGCCUUAUCUUUCAUAAUCUUCAAAACAAAGGACUUAAGGUUUUUUUUGACAAGAACUCAAUCCAAGCUGGGGAAAACGUGCCUAAAUCAAUAGAAGAAGCCAUUCAAUCAGCAUCUGUUCAUGUAGUUAUAUUUUCGCCCAACUAUGUACAGUCGGUAUGGUGCUUGAAGGAGCUCCAGCUCAUUCUCAAAACAGGGGCUGAUGUCAUUCCUGUGUUUUGUGGAAUUCAGCCUUCUGAGCUUCGAAUGAAGGAUGAGCAGGGUGUAUAUGCUCGAACAUUUCAUAAGCACACUGGAAGGUUUGAUAGCCAUGUACUUGAGGAAUGGAAGAAGUCACUUUGUGAGGCUUCGUAUAUCAAGGGCUAUAUUUUCGAGGGGGAUCAGGGAGAGCUACUGGAGCAAAUUGCAAUGACCGUAAAGCAGUUUAUUGAUAGGAGAGCAAGACACUGCCGAGUUGAAACGAAGAAAAUGUACCCUGCUCUGAUCUUCAAGAUGAUUCAAAUAUUCAAUUCCCUGAGAAAAUCUGGUUGUUAGUUAGUUAGAUAGGGCUGCAUAUAAUUUAUUUGUGGGCAAUCACAAUGUUUCAUACAUAAUGUCAGCAUAUUGCAAAACCCUCAAAACUUUUUACGCGUCAGGUAAAUAGGAAUAAGCCGUUUGACAAUGAUGUAAAUUGCAAAUAAGUUGCAGCUAUGUUUGUGUAAGAUCUGUACUAAGUCCUAUGGGGGCUCAAAUUUGAUGACCGUGUACUUAAUAGACAUUUUAUUUGU